AUGCUGGGUUCGGAUGCCUCGGUGGAGUCAGUGGGCGUGAUUCCUUGCGCCAUCGCCUGGCUCUUCCGUCUGGUGGAGGAAAAAAAGGAGGCUACCAAAACGCGCUUCUCCGUCCGAGUCUCUGCAGUAGAAGUCUUUGGAUACGAUGAGUCCUUCAAGGAUCUCCUCCAUGAUUCGGCUCUUGACGGUGAGGACGAUCACUUAUCAGGUCCAGCUCCAAGUAGCUAUCUUCGUGACACCAGUCCCAAUUCCCACACCUGGUCCCUCUCUUCAGCGAAUGGCAACAGUAACACCUCUCCAGCCGCCAGGCUAAGUCAAACCAUGGACAGACUGACUGAAAUCCGAGCCCCGACUGCCGGUCACGCUGCUCAUCUCUUGGACGUUGCCCUUGCAAAUCGAGCUCAAAACGUGGCUAUCUCUCACACCCUAUUCACUCUACAUGUCUACCAGUAUAAGGUCGAGAAGAAUGGGUCGGAAACUGAAGUUUCUGGCGGUAGAAGUCGUCUACAGCUACUCUACCUGGGCUGUGGUCGCUACGGUUCGAAGGAACUUGGCCAAGGUCAGGACCAAAAUUCGACCAUGAAGAGUCUGUCACUGGCAAACAUAGCGAACGUUCUGUUGGGUUUGCUCACUGGACAGCGCCAGCUUCCUCACAGAGAAUCGGCUGUCACUCAACUCUUGCGCGAGGGAAUGACCGGUAACCAUGCCCAGCCCUGCAUCAUUGCACAUGCCUCGGGUCAGCAGCAGCACUACGCAGAGACCUUGCAGGUAGUUCAGUUGGCCUCCAGACUGCACCGGCUUCGCCGUCGCCGUGUUGGUAGCAGUGGAGGGAGUAGCGCGGGUGGGAGCAGUUGGACCGCAACGGUUGGCGGUACGACGUCCGACUCUUCAGCAUCGUCUCGGGGUUUCCGCUCGCGCCUAUCGGUGCGACCGCGCCUUGGGCGGUCCUCUUUUGGCACCUCCACCACCGACUACACCUCCAGCAGUGAGCAGUCCUGCGCGGGUGACACGGUCAUCUACCUGGGUGGUGGAGCUAGUGAGACCGGGAGUUCGCUGGGCCCUCGGGGCCUAGCUGAUGGUAGUGUCGUGCAUUCCGCAGAUGAGUGGAAAAAAAACGCCAGCUCCAGUGAGGAGGGAACUCUCCAAAGAUCAGUCGCUGCGGAAAAGACUUGUCUCGGUCGUUCCAUAUCCCGUUCUGAGGGGGGAGGUACACUACGAUCAGGUGUCUUGAUAAAGAGAGUUACUCCACGCACUAAUGCAACAGCAUGGCCACGAGCAGCAGCCGUCCGCAAGGGCAAAGAGGUAGUCAGUUCUACGGAGGAAACCUGGGUGGACGGCCCCAAAGCGAUGGUAGCGAAAGAGCAGCAAAGUGCAUCCGGUAGUACACAGACAACUACUAGCUCUGAGAAUACUCCUCCCCCUGCUCCACCUUACUUCGGUUUCACCCACCGUAUUGUCCCUCAAAACCCCGUACAACAUUCGGAUACGCCCAAAAUUUUCGUGGCAACACAGGAGCCGACGGCGGCUGAGACCGCACCCGUCGAGGUGACUAUCAAAGAGCCGACCUAUGCCUCCAUCGACGAGAUGAAAAGCUGUACGAGUGACGAUGGUAGUCCAAUUGAGAGCUGUUCUUCUUCCUCUUAUUCCUCUGAUAGAGAAGAUAAUGAAAACGAUAAGAACGUAAUAAAAGGCCUUGGAGGAACUGGUGGCAGUGGUGGAGGCGUGACUGGUGUCGGUAGCAGCGGAGAUGGCGGAAGUGGCGGGGGCAGAGGCUUUGGAGUGCUCUCUGACAUUAGUGAGCGCACUGAAGAGACCGAGGGUGGGACGUCAGCGCCGAGCAGCAUUGGUGGUGGUGGGCAUGAAGAGCAUGAAAACACUCUUCUUGAUCUGGCUAUCCAACAAAGCAGUCUUGCGCACGAGGGUAGUAAGGAGGUUGUUGGUGACGAGGGCACUUUCAGUUGGCGUCGCUCCGACAACUUAUGCGAGGACCCUCAAAUUCCCUUCCUUCGAUCCCCAUAUGCAACUCCACAGCUUGAACAUAAGGGCUCUGGACAGCAAGCUGUGACUCCGUCGGUCGUGGACGACGUCACAACUCCAGUGCACCAGUCUGAUACUCAGCCCUUCCCUUUUGGAGGGAAGACCACGUCUAUGGACCCUCCUGUAACCGAGCAGAAGAUCGUUCACUCCUCCAACCCUUAUCCGGAUAGGUCGAGACACUCUCCACGCAGAAGGAAACAUUCCAAUGCGGCCUCCUCCUUCGACCGAGUGGCCGCGUGGGUGAAGGAUGUGAGCACCGACCUCAGCCAUGCUCAAGACGAGCGGCUCGGACCACAGCCGCCAUCACAUCCGCAUCCCGAGACCCGUUCCUCUUCUUGUCACCGCUCCUGUUGCACUCGACGUCAUCGGACCCACCGCACGAGACGCCAACGCCGGCACCAUCACCAUCACCGCCACCAUGAGUGUACCUGCUAUAAGUAUGCGCGAGACACGUGCGCCUUGUGCGAAUUCGCAGAUAGUUGUUGCUCUCGAGUGUGUCAAAAGUGCGCCUACUGCGACCAGGAAUGCAAUCCCGGUGGUAGGAGUGCCUCCGAAUCCCUCAAUCAUGGCUCGUCAUGUAGUACUGCGUCUAAAAAUAAGGUCGCUACGAAGUCUCAUUCCCCUCCUCCAGUUGAGCAAUCCCUUCAACGGCACGCCGAAGCCCAGAAGGCAUCACCAGUCUCUCCGAUGCCCGUGGUUAUCCAAAGAACAGUCUCGUUUCCAUGGAUGCCAACACAAAUGUCACGGUCUUCAACAGCCCAUUCCUCGCCGUGCCAACCUCCGCCACCUACACAGCCCCUCUGGUCUCCAGUGUACACUCCACAACUUACACCUAUACAAUACUAUCCUUGGUCCCUCCCCACCUCUCCUUAUCUUCAAUCAUCUAUGCAGGCUUGGUCCACGCAGCUACUACUGCCAUCAUCUGCAGCUUCCAACCUUUCCCAAACGACGCUUCCACUCCAACGCACCUGUGCAAGUCAACGACGAAAUUCGGUGGAGGAGGGCACGCCCGCUCGUACUUUCUCGUCUCCCGCUUUUGCAUCUCCACAGGAGUCGAAAAAGUCCAAGCUUCUUACUCUACCUUCCAUCCUUUGCACACUGCGGCGAUGGCACGCGCGUAGGAAGGAGCGAAGGAACAAAAAAGCCUCUGCUAGUGCACCGGUUGAAAAGGAGAUAGUGGCACAAGUGGAGGAAAAGACUGACGGAUUAGGGUCGGUAAUGCCGAUCCCGCUGCGCACCAGUGCCUCUCUACCCGGUGCUUACUCGCGGACCGACUUUCCACGGGCUUCGAGCGGUGACCGGAGCCUCGGUCACACACCACAGCACUGCUACCACUACCCGUCUGUGACUCUAUCACUCCACAAUCCUAUGUAUCGGGAGUCGUCACGAAUGUGUGCCGGGGAUCCGUCGACAUUCAUGAAUCAAAUGCAUCAGAGUCUCUCCACUUACCGAACCAGAUCUGGAGGAAUGGGCCACAAGGACAGUCGAGAGGACCGAGGCAGCAGUGGCUACGAGAGUUGUCGCCAAGGCGUCGGAGGAGGCAGCGGUGGCCGCUGCGGGGCGGGUGGUAGCAGUGAGGUCUCUUCCGCUCAUACAGACUCUGUAGACUCCUGCUCCUCAAGUUGCCAGCACCAACAGCAACAGCAACAAUACCACCUGCAGCAGCAACAACAGGAUGUCUAUUGUCCUGAUCAGCGCCUCUUUCCUUUAAGUCGAUCCGCCCUCACUUUCAUCUCAAGUAGGUUGGCGUAG